CAAUGCAAUUUUCUUAUGUUCUUAAUGGAUACGACCACGUCGGGAAUCUUGCGAACGAAAUCAGACCAGUUAGACACGCUGGCGAGGAAAUCGCCAAGCCGAUCGGGAUCGGCCGAAACCGAGCUGAACGCGACCCUGGCGCGGAAAUCGAGCUUCGGGAAGCGGAUGGCGGCUUCGCCCGGGCGCGGCAAACACAUAAGGAAGUCGCGGAGCGGGCAGCUGAAGCUGGACCUUGACGAAGCCAGCGGUGCCGCGCUGAGCCGAGCCUCCAGCGCCAGCUUGGGCUUCUCUUUCUCCUUCACCGGCUUCACUGUUCCUCCUGAAGACAUCGCCGAUUUAAGGGGAUUCAGCGACGAGGAAAACGCGGAGGAUCUCGAAGCUGGCCCACGUAAAAAGGUCAUCACAGAGCCCACAUUGCCCAUCUAUCUCAAGUUUACGGACGUAAAAUACAAGGUGGUUAUAAAAACCGUUAGGACGACUAUUGAGAAAGACAUCCUGCAUGGCAUAAGCGGUUCGGCGAGCCCUGGUGAAGUUCUUGCACUGAUGGGACCCUCCGGCAGCGGCAAAACUACUCUUCUUAAUCUUCUGAGUGGAAGGGUAAGCGAUUCAACAUCUGGUGGCUCCAUCACUUACAAUGACCAACCGUAUUCCAAGUCUUUAAAACGCAGGAUAGGAUUUGUGACUCAGGACGACGUCCUGUUUCCACAUCUGACUGUGAAAGAGACGCUUACGUACGCGGCGCUCCUUCGACUUCCAAAGACAUUGACAAAGCAACAGAAGGAAGAAAGAGCAAUGGAUGUGAUAUGUGAGCUUGGACUCGAGAGGUGCCAAGAUACAAUGAUCGGAGGGUCGUUCGUUCGAGGAGUUUCCGGUGGCGAACGGAAGCGGGUGUGCAUUGGAAAUGAGAUUAUAAUCAACCCUUCUCUGCUGUUUCUCGACGAGCCGACGUCUGGAUUGGAUUCCACGACCGCCUUAAAGAUCGUUAAGAUGCUACAUGACAUUGCUGAGCAGGAUGGAAAAACGGUGGUGACGACAAUCCAUCAGCCAUCGAGCAGGCUCUUCCACCAAUUCGAUAAGCUCAUCCUUCUCGGCAAGGGAAGCUUGCUCUACUUUGGGAAGGCAUCAGAAGCCAUGGUUUAUUUCUCAUCGAUCGGAUGCACUCCACUCAUCGCCAUGAACCCGGCUGAGUUCCUGCUCGAUCUGGCGAACGGGAAUAUAAACGACGUUUCUGUGCCGUCUGAAUUGGAGGAUAGAGUGCAGAUGGAAAAUUCCGAGACCGAAACAAGAAAUGGAAAACCAUCUCAAACAGAUGUGCAUGAGUAUCUGGUGGAGGCUUAUGAGACUCGGGUUGCAGACAAAGAGAAGAAGAAGCUGCAAGCUCCAAUCCCCAUCGACGAGGAUCUCAAGUUGAAGGUGUCGUCACGCAAGCGAGAUUGGGGAGCGAGCUGGUGCGAGCAGUUUUCGAUCCUCUUUUGGAGAGGGAUAAAGGAAAGACGGCAUGAUUAUCUGAGCUGGAUGCGAAUUACCCAAGUCAUCUCUACUGCAAUCAUCUUGGGCUUGCUCUGGUGGCACUCUGAUACUACCACCUUAAAAGGUCUGCAAGAUCAGUCUGGUCUGCUGUUCUUCAUCGCCGUGUUCUGGGGCUUCUUUCCAGUUUUCACUGCAAUCUUCACAUUCCCUCAAGAAAGAGCGAUGCUGAACAAGGAGCGAGCGGUUGACAUGUACCGUCUAAGUGCAUACUUCGUAGCCAGGACGACGAGCGACCUGCCGCUCGACCUCUUCCUACCUGUAAUCUUCCUCGCCAUUGUCUACUUCAUGGCGGGCUUACGACCAAGAGCUGCUCCCUUCUUCUUAAGCAUGCUGAUCGUAUUCUUGAGUAUCAUUGCAGCUCAGGGUCUUGGAUUGGUGAUCGGUGCUACUUUGAUGGAUGUAAAGAAGGCUACUACACUCGCAUCAGUGACCGUGAUGACCUUCAUGUUGGCUGGUGGAUUCUUUGUGAAGAAAGUACCAGUGUUUAUAUCAUGGAUCCGCUACAUUUCGUUCAACUACCAUACUUACAGGCUACUUCUCAAGGUGCAGUAUGAUAAUGUCGCUCCAUCUAUAAAUGUCCUUCAUCCAGACAGUGGCUUGAAGGAAGUACUGGCUAUGAUCGCCAUGAUCUUCGUGUACCGCCUUUUGGCUUACAUCUCCUUGAGACGGAUGAGGCUCCAAUCCAUACCUUGAUCUAAAGCUCCAACUAUGGCCAUGAAAAGAAAAUCAUCAAAGGAAUGCAGUUGAUUGUGAUCGCAUACAUGAUCGGGGCCAAUCAUUAAGCAGUCCCCUCACUAAAUAUUCCUAGUCCAAAUGAUCAGGCUGUUUGAAUAUUAUAAGUUCCAACUUACAUGUGGCCCACCUAAUGAGUAAAGAUGGCCUGAUCAUUUCAAUAAGGUACAUUCACCGUGGGGGCCGUCUAGUGAACGGCUCGGAUCUUGCACAUGGGACACGAUGGGAAGUCUUGGGCAGCAUUCCUUUAUAUUAACAAGGCUGAAAUGAGCAGGCAUUUCAAUUUUCUUUUAUGAAGGGCCAAACGGAGGAAUCUGAUCCACAUCUUUCAUGCUCUCUUUCUCUCUCUCUGUUUUUUUUUUUUGGGGGGGUUUUUAAUUCCAACUCUUAAAAGCCUGUAAAUUUUAUCCCUGAGAAAUGUUUAAAUGGCGACUGUAUUAUCCUAUUUUAAGUGCAAAAUUUUCCUA